AUGGCCAACAAGCUCGCCACUUCCCUCCUCGCUGCCUGCUUCGCCGCCGCCGUCCUCCUGGCGCUCGCCGCACCUGCAGUGCUCGCCGGCGACCCCGACAUGCUCCAGGACAUCUGCGUCGCCGACUACAAAUCCCUCCAGGGCCCACUGCGGCUGAACGGAUUCCCGUGCAAGAGGCCGGAGAACGUGACGGCGAACGACUUCUUCUCCAACGUGCUGGCGACCCCGGGCAACACGGGCAACGCGGUGGGGUCCGCGGUGACGUCGGCGAACGUUGAGAAGCUCCCGGGGCUCAACACGCUGGGCGUGUCGGUGUCGCGGAUCGACUACGCGCCGUGGGGCGUGAACCCGCCGCACAUCCACCCGCGCGCCACCGAGGUCAUCUUCGUCCUCCAGGGCUCCCUCGACGUCGGCUUCGUCACCACCGCCAACCGCCUGUACGCGAGCACCGUCUGCGCCGGCGAGGUCUUCGUCUUCCCCCGGGGGCUCGUCCACUACCAGAGGAACAACGGCGGCGGCCCCGCCGCGGUCCUCUCCGCCUUCGACAGCCAGCUGCCCGGCACACAGCCCGUCGCUGAGGCCCUCUUCGGCGCGUCGCCGCCCGUGCCCACCGACGUGCUCGCCAGGAGCUUCCAGGUCGACGGAGGAGUCGUGGAGGCUAUCAAGUCCAAGAUCCCGCCCAAGUAA